AUGUCUGCAUCAGCACCAUUUAAAACAUUAUCUGCCAAAUCAGCAUUCCAAUUGGAUCAAGAAUUAAUGUCAACGGGGGAAUUUUCAAUUGAUCAAUUAAUGGAACUAGCAGGAUUAGCUGUAGCAAAAACAAUUUUCAAAGAAUAUCCUCCUGAUGAAACUACUACUGGUAAAAGUAACUUUCAUCCUAGUAAAGUUCUUGUAUUGGUAGGACCAGGAAAUAAUGGUGGUGACGGAUUAGUUGCUGCUCGUCAUUUAAAACUUUGGAAUUAUGAUCCCAUAAUUUAUUAUCCGAAAAGACCAUCAUCAAAUCAAUUAUAUUCACGAUUAGUUAAACAAUUACAAGAUUUAGAUGUUCAAGAAUUAACUACUUUAACUGAAGUUAAACAUUUAUUAGAUCUGAGAGAUUCUAAAAUUAAAAUUAUCAUUGAUUCACUUUUUGGAUUUUCAUUUAAACCACCAUUAAGAGAACCAUUUAAAGAUUUGAUUAAUUAUCUUGGACAAAAUCAUGAUCAUUUACCACCAAUUGUCUCGGUUGAUAUUCCUUCUGGUUGGGAUGUUGAUGAAGGACCAACUGAAACUGAUAUUCAAGCAUCUUGUUUGAUUAGUCUCACAGCACCAAAACCUUGUGCUAAACUUUUUGUAAAUAGUGGUCCUGAUAAAAUUCAUUAUUUGGGUGGAAGAUUUAUUAAUCCUCGUAUAGCUAAAGAAUAUGGUAUUGAAGAUAUUGUCAAUAAAUAUCAAGGGGAUGAAUUAAUUGUCAAAUUAUGA